AUGAGUGAACUAAGAACUAAUGCGUUUUACCUGAAGAAACUGUAUCGCGCAGCUCAAGUUACUGACGCUGACAAGGUAAGAAACUGCACUAUAGUAUCGCACCAAGCCUGUCGAUCACGAGGACAACAAAUAAUGUCAGACUGAUUUAGAAGCAAUAAUUUAUUUAGAUGCCAAUAACGAACCAGCUGGAAAUGUGAAACUUUAAUGCCUACCAUAUAAUGCAUGUUUAAAAACCUAGAGUCUCAUUAGAAUGCUCACGUUUCAGUCCUCGAACAUGAGAUCAUGUAGCCACUAGACCAUUUCCCAGUAACUUUUAAUGACUGAUUAAACGCGAGACUUUUGAGAGUGAGUUUGAUUCAAUUUUAUGUUCUAAUAACUUUGGAUCUGAAAAUGCAAUAAACUCUUUAAUUUUGAAGGAUGGUGUGGUAACUCGUGCUGAUUAUGACCUCAUGAUCAAGAGAUACAACGAGCUUGGUAUGCCAGAAGAAAACAAACAAGAAUUAUCUGACGCCAUGUACGGGAUGUGUGGUUCCUUGGGUCUUACAGAUCACACGAAGUCCUUGACUUACGACGAGAUAGUGCAGUCUUGGAUUGAUAACGUGGAGAAGGGAGUUGGCUUUGCGACCAUUGUUUACGAUAAGAUAUUUCGAAUUGUUGACACAGACAGAAAUGGAAGUAUAUCUUUGAAAGAGUGGGAAAUUCAUUGCAUGGCUAUUAACAUCCCUGUGGAGCAUGCUGAACCAUCGUUUAAAGCGAUGGACACUGAUGGAGAUGGAGUGAUCUCUCAUGAUGAAUUUGUAGCUUAUCACUAUGAAUAUUUUCAUACAAGUGAAGAUAAACUACAUAGUUCUCUUUUGUAUGGGCCAUUACAGUAA